AUGAAUACUUAUGGUGCUGGUGCAGGUGGUACUCGUAAUAUUGCUGGUAAUUGUAAUUCCCAUUUACAAUUAGAAGCUGAAUUAGCCGAUCUUCAUCACAAACCUGCUGCUUUAGUUUUCACUUCUUGUUAUGUGGCAAAUGAUAACACACUGAGCACUUUGGCUUCAAAACUUCCUGGCUGUGUAAUCUUUUCUGAUUCUUCAAAUCAUGCAUCAAUGAUCCAAGGUAUUAAACAUUCUGGUGCAAAAAAAUAUAUUUUCAAACAUAAUGAUCUAAAAGAUCUUGAGGAAAAACUUCAAUUGGUUGAUAUCGAUAUACCAAAAAUCAUUGCUUUUGAAAGUGUCUAUUCCAUGUCUGGCUCUGUUGGUCAUAUUGAAAAAAUUUGUGAUUUGGCCAAGAAAUAUGGCGCAAUUACCUUUUUGGAUGAAGUUCAUGCUGUUGGAAUGUAUGGUCCUCGUGGUGCUGGUGUUGCUGAACAUUUGGAUUUCGACUUGAAUGCUCGUUAUCCUUAUGCUGGUAAUGGCAGUGUUCUAGACAAAAUCGACAUCAUCUCUGGUACACUUGGUAAAGCAUUUGGUGUUGUUGGUGGAUAUAUUGCAGCUUCAGCAAGUCUCGUGGAUAUGAUCAGAUCAUAUGCCCCUGGAUUUAUUUUUACCACUUCAUUGCCACCUUUCAUUGCUGCUGGUGCUAAAGCAUCUAUUCAACAUUUGAAAAAAUCAAACAAAGAACGUGCAAUGCAACAACUUAAUACUCGUUUGUUGAAAGAACGUCUUGCUCAAUUGGAUAUUCCUGUUGUGCCAAACCCUUCUCACAUUGUACCUGUAUUAGUUGGUGAGGCUGAAACUUGCAAAAUCGCAUCUGACCAAUUGUUAAGUAAUCAUGGCAUCUAUGUUCAAUCAAUCAAUUACCCAACUGUUCCCAAGGGCGAGGAACGUCUCAGAAUUACACCCACACCUGGUCAUAAUCAACAAAUGACCGAUUAUCUUGUUAAUGCAUUAGAAAUUAUCUGGCGAGAAAAUGGAUUGAAACGUGUUAAUGAUUGGAGACUUGAGGGUGGCAAAGCUGGAGUUGGCACCAAUGAUCCAACCCCUAAGCCAGUUUGGACUGAUUAUCAAUUAAAUAAUAUUAAUGGCAAGAAUAAUGUCAAAGAAAUUAGUGCUAAUGAAUUUAAUUCUAAAAAUUUAAAUAUUAUGGCUUAUUAA